AUCCUUUUUCCAAUCCGAUCUUUCACCAAAUCAGUCUUCUUUCACACUUCAAACGAGCAACCACGAAUCUGUCGCACGCAGCAUGUCGGACCUACGCCCGCUACCGCUGGAAGUCUGGCAACAAAUCUUCGGCUAUCUGGCCGUGCGCGACCUCAAGACCGCUCUCCGCGUCUGCCACGACUGGUGCCAGGCGAUCGUCGGAACGAGUUCGCUGAUCAACCGGAUGCAGCUCAGAAUCAGCCGCGAAACCACGCUGGAUCAUCGCAGUUCCGGCAUUCGGUUCAUUUUGGCCCGUAAGGUUUGCCUCUUCAAGACCAAGAUCCUCUCCGUUGAUCCGUGGUGGCCCGCGCUGGGUGCGCUCUUGAACGAUCUGGAUCUACGCGAGUGCCAGGUGGUGGUUCCGACGCUGUUGGCCAUGCUCCGACAGGCGCCGAACUUGGUACGGCUCACGCUGGACAAAGUGCAGUACUUGGAGUUGGAGGACGCCGUCGCGGCUGACUUUCAGCUGAACCGGCUGGAAUAUCUGAGUCUCGGGAUGACGAACGGCCCGCGGAUUGUGGACAUUCUUCGGCCGGCCUGUCCCGCGCUAAAGUCGUUUGCGUUUUCCGCUCGCGAAGCCGUGCCGUCCGAGCGGGAAGUGAUCGAGCUGGUGCGGGGCGUCCAGGGGACGCUGGAAGAGCUUUUUGUUCCCAUUAACGCUGUCGGGAGGGCCCUGUUGGCGAUGGACCGGCUGAAGCUACGGGCGGUUAAUUUGAACCGCGUGGAGCCGGAAAUUAUACUGGACGUUUGUCGGAUGCAGCCGGAUUUGCAGAUCCUGGACGUUCGCGUUUCACGGUUGGAUGAUUCGCAACUUUGUGAAAUUGGACAACUGCUGCCAAAUCUGCGUCAACUCAUCACCAACCUAGACGGAAUUCAACACCAAGAACCACGUUUUCUGUCAGCUAUGCCAAACUUGGAACAGCUGAUUGUUUCGCCAGUUGGCCGUGACUUUCAACAGAUUGAAUCGCUCGGCGACUUUCAAUGCCCCAAGCUAAAAUCUCUUCAGCUAAGUUGGGUGAUUCUUCAUUCCGAAGAGGACGGCUGGAAGCUGCUCAACCGAUCGCGAAACAUCGAGACCCUGAAACUGCAGGAGUGCGUUUUCCCCCAGUGGUCCAAAUUUGUCGACGGCCUGAACGCGUUGCGAUCGCUGAAGCGGUUGACCUUGAACACGAUCACGGUUUCAAACUGGACGGAUUCGGCGCGUUGGGUCGUCAACGACAGUACAAAAUGUUUGCGCCUGUGGAACCUGCAAAUCCCAAAGGCUCAACUGUUGCAACUGUUGGCCGCAUUCCCAGCCCUGGAGGAGCUCCAUUUGUGCCACAUGCCGGUAGUGGACGACGGAGUGGUGCUUGAGUUGCCUCGACUGUUUCCGCGGUUGGGGAGGUUGUUGAUCUGGGAGUGCUCGAAUUGGAAGGCGUCGUUGCGCCAUGUUUCCGAGAGUCUUCCCGCACUGGUGGUUCUAAAGUAUAAGUUUGGACCGGUAACUGUUAGGGGGAUGCAAUUAAGAGCGCAGCGUUAUGAUCUAAGAAGAGGCAAGUUUGAGUGGUGUGAGAACAUCAUGGCGAAGCUGUACGGUCUGUUUGGGUAUUACAGUUAAGUUGCUGAAGAAUUAAUAAAAAAAUGUGCCAUUUUCAAAAAUGUCUUUAUCACUUUUUAUCUGAAACGUCAUUGAUUGGUUGUCAUCUGCGAAUAAGGCUUUCUAGGCCCAGUGAAAAAAAUAUAAUUUAACCCAAAAAUGGCGAACUUCUCGUCACAGUGUCCUGAUGCAAA